AGUUUUAAGGCGGUAUUUCCCCAGCAGCAGGCAGCGUGGGGGAGUGGAGGCGGCUGCCGGCAGCGUGCUUUCCGCACGCACCUCGGGGCCGCCUCCGCGCCCCAGGAGCUCGGCUCCAGCAGCGGGGGGCUCCUUCCCCCUCGGGAGCCUCAGCCUCGCAGUGGGCUGCAGCGCAGGCUUCACAAAGUUGACACAUUUUCCUGGCGGCUGCUUUGCGCCGACCAAGAGGUAGGCGAGGCAGCGAGAUGCGGGCUGGGGCAGGUGGUUCGUGCAGAAGGCGGACAUGAAGUGCGAGCGGUCGGCCCCGUGCCGCGGACGCGUCUGGCGAGCUGUGCUCGGCGGCAGCGGCGAGUACGGAUGGCGUGAGGAGGGGUGAAAUCCUACGAAUAAGAGGGAAAUCACUUCGGGAACAUGGAGUUGCUGUGCUGCGAGGUGGAUCCCAUGAGGAGAGCUUUGCCGGACCCGAACUUGCUCUACGACGACCGUGUUUUGCACAACUUACUGACGAUAGAGGAGCGGUAUCUGCCCCAGUGCUCCUACUUCAAGUGCGUGCAGAAGGACAUCCAGCCCUUCAUGAGGAGGAUGGUGGCCACUUGGAUGCUGGAGGUCUGUGAAGAGCAGAAGUGUGAAGAAGAAGUUUUCCCUCUGGCUGUGAAUUACUUGGACAGAUUCUUAGCUGUGGUGCCCACUCGAAAGUGCCAUCUGCAACUGCUGGGGGCAGUUUGCAUGUUCCUGGCCUCCAAGCUAAAAGAGACAAUCCCCCUCACAGCAGAGAAGCUUUGCAUAUACACGGACAAUUCCAUCAAACCCCAAGAGCUGCUGGAAUGGGAGCUUGUGGUACUGGGGAAGUUGAAGUGGAACCUUGCAGCAGUCACCCCGCAUGAUUUCAUUGAGCACAUUCUACAGAAGCUGCCUCUACCGAAAGACAAGUUGGUUUUGAUCCGGAAACAUGCACAAACGUUCAUUGCCCUUUGUGCCACAGAUUUUAACUUUGCCAUGUACCCACCGUCAAUGAUAGCAACUGGAAGUGUGGGAGCAGCCAUCUGUGGCCUUCAGCUUGAUGAUGGGGACAGUUUGCUCUCUGGUGACAGCCUAACAGACUUUCUGGCCAAGAUCACAAGCACAGAUGUGGACUGCCUUAAAGCUUGUCAAGAACAGAUUGAGUCGGUGCUAGUAAGCAACCUUAGGCAAGUCCGGCAGCAGCAACAAACGAAUCCUUCUAAAACGGUUGAGGAACUGGACCAAGCCAGCACUCCCACUGAUGUCAGAGAUAUCGACCUGUGAGGACAUCAGCACAGAAAGUCAGGCUUGUUCUCCCACCCCUUUUAUUUUUGUUACUAUUUUUAGAAUUAUUUUUUUAAUCUACUCCCAUGUAGAGCGUAUUUAAAGCUCUUUUAGGUGAAAAGAACUGAACAAUGAAAAAAACAUUUGGUGCCCGUGAUGUUCUACCGAAGGGAAUCCCGCAAUGUAUUUGGUAACUGCUAUUUGAUUAUGUAUCAAUGAUAUUCAAUGCUUAUAAAAGCACACAGAGUAGUUAGAUAAAUGUAAGCCUGCAUUUGUGGGAAGAGAGUAUACUUGUCUGUGUGUUAUGACCUACUGCAUACACCCCUUUUUUAGAUUUAAGAAAGGAAUUGUGUGUGCAAUUUUAUGGCUUGACUAGAUUGCAAAGCAGUAGAAGAAGGGGUGAGGGCAAUGUGGGAAAAGGUCCCUGAAGCAACUGAACCCUUUUGAAUGCAGAAGAGAUUUGCUGAUCUGUCACGUCUGUUAUUAGUCAGAAAUGUUUGUUGGAUCUCUGUAUGCUAGUUUUGUUUACUCUUGCUGUCUGUGGUAGCUGCUACUUAAGAAAGAAGAUGCUUUAUUUUGCCAGCCAGAAGAGCAGGUGUUUUUUUAUUUUGUUUUGCUUUAAAUUCCCCUCUCCCCUUUGACUUAUUCUACUUUUCCUUCAGAGAUGGUUCAUUCUAAACACAGCAGCAUCUUUGGCUUAAGGGCAAUCCCUUUUACCCAGCUGUGGGCCAAGCUGAAGUUACAGAGUGCUCAUGGUAAAUGGGGCAAAUGCGAUACUUAAUUUUGACCAGUCAUUUAAUCAGACCACCUCCAAACUUUGGAUUGCAAGAUGCAGUGGAUCAUCUGUGUAAAAGCAUUAUAUUCCUUUACAGAGAUAAUGCUUCACAUCCAUGUUAACUUUUGGCAGCUCCUUAGCUUUAUUUAAAGACGAUUAAAUGAUGCUCUUUCCAUUUUCCUUUUUAACGUAUACUCACUGUGUUAAAGAUGAGAUUUGGUAUGAGACCUCUUCUAUCUACCCAGCUUUCUCCUCUGCCCCGUCAUGCUUUUUCAGCAUUUCAAUAACUUUAUUGAUCCACAGUGAACAUUAUUAUAAAUCAUUUCAUUCAAAAAGCACUUUGAAAAUUGUUCCUAAGGGAUUAAAUGAAAUGGUUUAUGACAAUUUUGCCAAGGGGAAAAAAAAAGAAAAGGCACAAAAGCAAAGCAUAUAGCUUUUUAUAAUCAAUAUUCUGCAGUAUCUGAUGUACUUUUUUAUUGUGGUGUUUCUGGAAAUACCAGCACCUGCUUCAGGUGACAUUCCUGUCAUGACAUUCCGGAUAAAAGCCUUAUGAUUUGUAUUGUUCAGUGUCACAGAAGGAUCUGAAUACCACCUGUAUGCUUAUCCAUGGACAAUGAAAGAAAAUUGCUGGUGCAAAAGACACAAGUGGUAAAUGUUGAGGUUUGAGACUUGGAUUUUAAUUACGAAGGUGUAUUCAGUGUACUUGAAUUUAUUUUUCUGCUCCAUCUGUAAAGAAGAGGCAUUUAGUUGGCAAAGUUGGAGCAAUUUUUUUUUUUUGCACAGUUAUAUUAACAGUUUGCAAAUACACAGAAUGAAGUUGUUGCUUGCAAUGUUAAUAGUUGCAAUUUUCAGACAAAAUUCAGAAAGAACAUGCUACUUUGAAGAAUAUUGUAUGAAUGGACUCAGCUGCAUUUGGCUAGAUGAGGGUAGAAGAUGGAGUAAAGUUUUGUUGUUUUUUUUUUGUGCGCUGCUAAGAAGCUAUGAUUUGUUUCAUUCUUAUUCACAUUAACAGUACUUAGCUGUAUUGUUUCACUGAGUGUGCUGCUAUUUUAUAAACAUUUUUAUAAUAUAUUAUUUUACUGCUUAAAUUUCAAUUCCGAAGUAGAUGGUUAAGUGGAGAUAUGAUGAAUUCUUUGAUUUACUGGAAAUGCCCUGUACAGGUUGGGUUGGUUUUUUUGUUGUUUUUUUUUUUUUUUCCUAAUACUGUGUUCAUGAUUUAUUUUUAUUUUUAUUUCCUUUUUUUCUUUCUUUUUCCUUCCUGAUCACAUCCUGCAAAGAUGGUAUACUUACCUCAGGUUUACUGGACAAGAUAAAGAUGGUUCCCAUUUUCACAAUACCUCACAAUGUGACAGUUACUUACACCCUGCUGAAAGCCUCAGCAGAGCUAUCGGUGCAAGUGUCUGCUCAGGGCCUGUGCUUUGGUCAGUGGAACACAGUUGCGCCGGCUGCAUUGGGGAAAAAUUGCAGCAAGCAGGGGCAUUGACUCCCUUACGGUCUUUCAUAGUGGAAAAAAUGCAUUGGUCCAAAGGCAUGUCCAGGAGUGGCUCUUGUGCCUCCAGACCCUAAUCCUGGAUGCAUGGAUGAUGUGUAUGGUGGCUACGUGUCUCCCUGUGGGCACUCCAGCCCCUUGUGGUGCCCACACAUGCACAGGUACUGUCUGGCUCCCACAGGUUGUUAGGUGGGCAGCAGGAUGGCAGCCAGGAUGGCCACUCUCAGAGUCCUGCUGUUCAGAAUGGCCAAGUCUGCCUCACAGCUCAUGUGGACAACCUGGCCCAGCUGCCCACUGUGCAUCAGUUGUUAGGUGUCAGCUCUCUCCCUGUCCUCUCUGAGCCCUGGUUGAUACUAUCAGGCUGCUCAAACUACUGCUCUGUAUGCAGAAGUCUCCAUCUUGUAAGGUGCCAACGAUAACUGCUCUUAGUGAUUCUUGAGGGCUCAAGUGCUCUUCCCCCAAGCGGUUUCAGGGCUGCAGCAGUUAUAGGGGCAGGCAUAACACCUCACAGCUCACCAGAGCAGGUUUCAGGCAGCUGUUUCAGAGUUGCUGAAAAUUGGUAUCUGGGUGGCUUUGUUCUGACAGUGGUUUUUCACACUGAAAGCACAUAACAUUCAGCAAUUGCAUCACUCCUAAAUGAAAGAUGGUUACUUUUGUGGAAGCAUAGUGAUUAGCAAGACUCCAGAGCCACAUGCAGUGCAUGUUUGAGGUAAUAUUCCCUGACAGAUCAGAUAACUCUGGCAGCUUUUGCGUGCACAAGUGUUUACGCUAACUAAUGUUCAUUGGAGAAGCAUGCAGAUUAUGGGCAAAAUGUUGCCUGUGCUUGGCAUUAGCAUGGCUGUAUGUAGAAGGUGUGAGCACCUGCAUGCAUCACACCAAGAUGCUCUGCUCCUCUCGGUUCUGCCAGGCAGCAUGGCUGAGUAUAGACAGGAGAAGUAGCUACGAUGACUGCCCUGCUCUUGAGAAUUACGUGAAGUUUUUGCCAUCUUUAAUAUGGCCAUCAGGAUGUUGGCUGCUAGGCCCUCUGGAAACACAGGGAAGUCAGUGGACUAAGGCACUUGCUGUUUUGCCCUUACAGGUUUACUGGGGUUUAGGGGAUGAAGGCUGGCACCAUGUUCUGCAGUGUCCUUGUCCUCCACAUGGCUCCCCACUGAGGCUCCUCUCUGCUGUUUCACCCCAUGCAUGGGCUCCUAUACAUUCAUGGUUUCAUAGAUUUCACCAGACGUAUGUGUAAGUGUUGUGGCUCUCACACCUCACUGCAGCUGCAGGGGCAAGUAGUACGCACAAGAGCUGGUUUGGAAGUGGCGUGCAGCCCCCUGUGCAGCAGAGACCUGUCCAGCAGGCUUGUGCAACCACUGUGAGUGCUGAGAGCACAGUUCCACUGCAGUGGUGUUCUUCAAAAGUAUGUAACCUACUUGAAAAAAGAUGAACAGUUUCACAGUAGCAUUCAUAGCAAAAAUACUCUGUAGUGCCCCUUUUAGCAGAUGUUAAAAGAAUACUAUUGUUGCAAAUGAGAUGUAAGGUUUUUUCCUUGAAUUGCAAAUACCAUAAAAGCUUCCUGUGGGUUAAUUAAAAAAAAAAAACUACUGAUGUGCCAAAUGAUUGGCAUAACUGAGUAAAACAUUUGUCUCUCAGCUAUCUGUUGUUGGUAUUUUGAUCUUCUCCUCCCUCCUAUGAAACGUAGAGUAGGAGCGCCUCAUAAACAAUUCAUUUGUAUUAACAACAUGCUUUAUAAAAAAGGAAAAUACUAUAUUAGAUUUUUAUUGCAGUGAUUUAUGUGGACAUCUCUCUGGAUUUUUUCCACUAUGUUCAUUAGUAUUUUCUCGUGUACCUCAGAAAUCACUCUCAGUUGCACAGUUCCUGUUCUCAUACUCUUUUUUUUUUUUGUUUUUGCUUUAACAAGCGUGAUGCAAUAUCAAGUCAGUUAUUUUCUCACAAUAUGUUCUUUAAGAGAUAUGGAUUUUUAUAUCCAGGUCAGGGAAUGCUAGGAAGUGUGGUAGUAGACAUGAUCAGUGUAACAAAAGUAUUUAGAAAGUAUGUGAGAUUAUUUUGAUGGAUAAGACUCUGAUACAGUAUAGUCUUGAUUACCUUUUAAAGGGUCUUCUCUGUUCAGUGUUCUCCUUUUUAUUAAUAAUCUGUUGUUUUGACUAGUUUAAAGAUGGUUUUAAGAGAAGUGUUCUAGCAGAAUUAGGUAUGCUGUAUAGACAAUAAACUCACCUUGACCUAAA